AUUUAAUUGGCAGAUACAUAGACUGUAUUCUAAGGUUAAUUGUAUAAUUGGAUCUGAAGACCUGUGUAUUCAUAAAUUUCGAGUUGUCACGAAGGCAGCAUAAAUCCAACAACUCGCGUCACCAUGGAAGCGAUCGGUUUGUGUCAUGUUGUAUUCGCCAUUUUGAUGGUUCUAUGUGUGUGGGCUACGGCGAUGAAUGUCUCUACAUUGCAGCUAGCUAACUAGUUUUUAAACGUUCAGCAUAUAAUCUCAUACUGUUACAUACAUUUAACCGAAGAGAUCAUGGAGAUGUGUGCAACUUUUUUGUAUGCCGGACGUCAAAUUUGAACGACUAAUCGGAAUGCGAAGUCUGCAUUUUAUUCUGUUUUCUAACUUCACCAGCUAGCCACUAGGUUUCUUCUACUAAGCCGCAAUUCAAAGUCGUACGUUAGCUAAAAGCUAGCGAUGAUAUUGGAUUCUAUGGAAAUCAUACAUCUGAAGAGGUACUGGCAGCGACGUCGCCCUGACAAGCUAUUUCUGGACAUUGAAUGAUUCCUAGUUAUGCAGCUAGUUAGCUAUGUUAGCUAAGUUAGCUGAAAUAAAACAUGGGCUUUCAAAUACAACAUUCCACGUUGCCUUUUUUCGUCAUGGCUAUGUAGGGGAACGCACAGCAAGCUACAAGUGUUUUUAUUUUCACUCAACGUUGCUUUCACUGUUCACGUUCCAGUUGUCUCGUAGACUAGCACAAUGAACCGUUAUUAAUAAGAAACUGCAAAUGUCAAAUCGAACUACCAAGACAAGAUGCUGAGUCAAAGAAAAGGGCAAUAUUGUCAUAACAGAAAUGUGAUUGCUUCAUUAGAUUCUUCCCUUUGACCACAUCAAAAGGACCAUCAAUUAUGAUUUUUGGAUUGAUACCCCAGGAGUUACAUGAACAGCUCCUAGACCUAAAAAACUACCAAAAUCGAACAAAUGGUGUGGAAGAGCUGAAAAAAAUCCUCUUUGGAUUGGACUUGAAGCCAGUCCCCUCGGACAGUAUUGUGGAGUUUAUAUAUUUUCUCCACAGACUCCUAGAUGACACCAACUUCAAAGUAUUGUAUGGCACUUUACAGGUGAUAAACCUACUCAUCCAGAAAUUGGAUUACAACAUAGACAAAUAUUUCAAACAGAUAGUAUGUGUGGCUCUGAAAACCCUUGGAGACAACCGUGCUGUCACCAGGAAUGAGUACAUGAACGUGUUCAGGCAGUUGACUAGAAUUGUAGGGCCACAGAAAGUGUUAGACCUUGCCAUUGGACACCUGAGACACAAGAACUCCAGGGUCAGAGAGGAUGUCAUCAACAUCAUCACAGCAGCUAUGCUCACCCACCCCAAGAAGGACUUCAACAUCCCCAGCCUCUGCUUUGAAGUUGCACCAUACUUGGCGGACAGCAAGAAGAAGGUCCGCCAUGCAGCCCUAGAACUAUUUGCUGUUUUUGACCAUUGCCUUGACACAGGGAAAAAACAGCCCCUAAUGAAGGCUGUAGACAGAGUGGAGCUCAAUGGGGAUGUGGAGGGUCUUAUGGCAGCUGUUCAAGCAAGAAGAGCCAGGCACAUACUUCCCAGACUGUCCUCAGAUGGGAUGGUAGAAUACGCCCUUCUAAUCCCUAAAUCAGGACAACGACGGUCACCACAGUUUGGGUCAGGAGCUGACCUGGAGUGGGUGCUCAAUGGUGGGCGGAUCAGCAGUGCCAAGAGCAUCAGGACGGAACCAGACUCUGACAGGCUGUAUCAUGGUUAUGGAAGCUUGGGCUCCCUCAUUGAUGACCUUCCACUGCAGAGGAGAAUUGUCAGUGCAGGCAAAGGGAAGAACAAGCUUCCCUGGGAGAGGUCAAGCCUCCCUUCCACAGUGAACAUCCAGCCAUGCAGUAGCUCUAACGGAAAAUCCUCUGAUCAGGUCAUCAGUGAAGACUGCUUGUCCCUCUCCCGGAAGCUGACCCCGGAGACAUAUGUCCCCAGUUUUGGUUCUGCAGAGCCCCAUACGCCCCUGUCCUCUAGAAGGAGGGAAUCCCCGGGACGAUUGAGAAGGAGUGGGAGCCUUGACUUGGACCCUGACAUGUUCAAAUCGACCAACUUCUCUGACACAGAGGAAGUGGUACACAAGGCCCGUCUCCUCCCCGGGACCCCCGGCGUUGAGCGUACGUUCUCCCUCCCCUCGGCCCAGGGCAGCUUUCUACUGCCCUCCUACCCUCUGGCUACACUCCCCGGGGGCCUGCUGACCCCAACACUGUCCCGCCGCCACGCUGACUCCUCACUGUCUAUGUCCAACACCUGGCCCAACAAGAGAGAGAGCAGCCCCCACAGACUAGACCCCAGCUCCUGGAAAGACAUAUCAAGUGACUUCUCAUCCAGCAGGUGUUCUCCACGGCCUCUCCGUGCCUCUCUGGUGAGCUCCUCGUCUGCCUCGUCUUUCCGUCAGGCUCUGAGUGGGACGCGGACCGUGUUGCCUGUUUCCCGGUCUCCAGGCCUUCCCCUGCCAGAGCGGGGCCAGUCUCAGAAUGGCCAGCGGUUCAAUCCUCCAGCUCCAUCCAGCCUGCAGGACCAUCUGUCUGAGAGGAACCUGGAUCACCUCAGCCUGCAGGACCAAGACCAGGAGCAGGAAGAGGAGAACCUGGACCGGCAGGAGAUGCUGAACUCUCUGCGCUCCCUGCGCUGCAGUGCAGCUAAGAAGAAGGCCAAGGUGAGUCUGAGUGGCUCAGACCCUGACCCAGAUAGCCCAGACUCAGCCAUGAAACUGGAGCUGGCUCUGGACUCCCCCUCUCAAACCUCCCCCACUGUCACCAGCCCAGCUAGCAAGAGCGGCCUCUCCAGCAUCUACUCACCCCCAAACUCUACCCUCAACAGCAAAACCAGCCCUGGGAAUUCUGCCUCCUCUUCAGCAAAGCCUCACAUUGCUAGAGUGCCUUCUGCUAAGCUGAGGUCUUCUGUCUCCAUGGACGUCAGUGCCCUUCAAGGCUUUCCACUCCGGGAUAAAAUUAUUCCUGAAGUAAGUGUGAUUGGUCAAAGAGUUCCGUACUCGAACGGACCUAUGGAACCUGAGGAAGAGGACCGGACUAGAGAAUACUCUCCACCCUCAACUAGACCAGCCCUCCGGGAGCCAGUCGAAGCCCUGAGGUCUGCCAAAGGGUCCCAGAUCUACAGCAACAGGGACUCACCACUCACUGACAUACCUGAAGGUGUGGUUGGUAGAGGAGUGUUUGGCUUGGUGAUUCCGUCCAGCCGUCCAGGCGUUGCCAUGUCGAUGGAGCAGGGCGACUGUAUGACCAGGCUGCACAGUGACCCUCCAACUGGCAUCUACAGCCAUGCUGUCCUCAGCCACCACCUGGACCCCGACGACAGCCCAGACGCAGAGGAGGCCAGGGAAAAGGUGAGAACGUCUAGGUUUGCGCGGAACAAGAUGAGGCAGCAAGGAUUGGCGCAGCAGGAGGGCCAGCCUACCCUGGGAGAUUGUCAGAAAGCUGACAGGAUGCGCCUGCGCCUCAGACAGGGGCAAAAUGACCUGGCUACAGAAGAUACAGCAGCCAUUUCCAAAGACUUGCAUCUGAACGGUAGCACAGUGACGUCCACCAAGGCUGACUCUCUACCAGACGAGUGUCCCACCAGCCCUGCCAGCCCCCAGGGACCCCAGAGCCCGAUUAAAUGUUUCAGUCCCCCUCACCAGCCUAGCCCCCCCACGGUCCCUCCCAACCCCAGGAGCACCCUGGCCCGCCUGAGGAGGGCUCCCAGUUUCAGCAAUACACGGCCGUCCAUCUCACACAGCUCAGAUGAGUUGUCCCCAGGCACUCCCAGCCAGAAGAGUGACCUGACAGAGCAGCCUGAACUACGACCCUUCUCUAAACCUGAGCUAGCACUGACACAGAGCUUCACACUCCUCAACUCAGACGACUGGGAGAAGAAGAUUGAGGGGCUGACCUUUCUCCGUGGUCUGACACUGUACCAUUCGGACGUACUGCGGAACAGGCUGCAUGACGUCUGUCUCGCACUCAUCCAAGAGGUGAGGAACCUUCGGUCGGGUGUGUCCCGUGUUGCUGUUGGGGCGAUGGGUGAGCUCUACACCGCACUGCAGAAGGGGAUGGACCAGGAGCUGGAGGCCACUGCCAAGGCUCUGCUGCAGAAGGCCGGGGAGUCCAAUGCCUUCAUCAGGCAGAAUGUGGACGCAGCGCUGGACAGCAUGGUGCAACAUUGCACCCCCACCCGCAGCCUCAACGCCCUGCUCACCAGCGGCCUCAGUCACCUGAACUCAGUGGUGAGGAAGUGCGCAGGUCAUCACAUGGUCAACCUGAUGGAGAACAUUGGCGCUGCCCGCCUCCUAUCUGGAGGGAAAGACCUCACCGACCGAAUCCUACCUGCCGUCAUCAAGCUGUCACAAGACUCCUCCCAGGAAGCUAGGUACCAGGGACGCCGGAUGCUGCUGUUUCUGUCAUCGCACCCUGAUUUUGAUAAGAUGUUGGAGAAAUGUAUCCCUGCCAAAGACCUGGCUCCCAUCAGAGACACUGUCUUCAUACUGAAGACUAAGGGCCUGGGAGAGAUGCCCCAGGACACCCCGUCAGCCAGGGGCCGGCGUUCCCUCCCUGGCAGUGGCACAGUUAGGGCCUCAUCUGUCAGCAGGGAACCCCUCAAAGUGGUCAACAGGGAGUCUGGGCAGUACAGCGGCAGACCUCAAGCUCACAGCAUUGCAGACAAGACGGAGUACAUCAAGCAGCUCACAGCCUUGCUGGGUUCAAAGGACUUCAGAGAGCGCAUCAAAGGCAUCAACCAGCUAGUGGUGGACUGCGAGCAUAACCCCAACAUAGUUAUCGGCAGCAUCUUUCCGGUGUUUGAUGCCUUUAAGGCCAGACUGCAGGAGUCCAACAGUAAAGUCAACUUGUUCGCUCUGGAGUCUCUGCAGAAGAUCAUCACUGUGAUGAAGGAUAACCUUGCCCAGGUAGUCUACAUCCUGGUACCGGCCAUCGUGGACAAUCACCUCAACUCCAAGAACAACGCUAUCUACAGAGCUGCCAUUGGAGCCAUCCAUGCACUCAUCCAAAACCUUGAUAAAACCCUCCUCCUCCAGCCUUUCUGCACCAAGGCCCAGUUCCUGAGUGGCAAGGCUAAAGUGGAUCUCAUAGAGAAGGUUGCAGAUCUGGUGACAGAGCUAUAUCCUCGUAAGCCCCAGGUGGUGGAACAGAAGGUGUUACCCCUGCUGUGGCACCUCCUGGGCACAUCCAGCCACAGUGGCACCGUCCACGGCGGGGGCGGCAGCGUGCGGGGGGCCACUGCCAACCUGUGCCAAGCCCUUUACACCCACAUGGGGCCUGGGCUGGCAGAGUGCGCCGCCUCCCAGCAUGCCAAUGUCCACAAGGGCCUCAACGAGUUCCUGAGGACCCUCCCCUCCCCCUGAGGGCCCGUCAGAAAUCACAACCAAACCCCUCCAGACAGAAGAACAGAAACACUGACCUUACUUGAAGACAGAGAUGUUCUGCAUUUCUAAUAGUGCCUGCACUUUUUUUUACAUUAGAGUAUAGAAAGUCUUUUAAGAUGAGAGCCCUUAAAUCAACUCUCUUCUCAGCGAGUUAGGGUAUUCUUCAAUAAAGGAGCGCAGACAGGCAGACAGACUUCAGCUGUUGGCAUCAGGUCUUAUUCUCAACAACCUGCUUCUCUUUGCACUUUGAAGAAGUCGCUCACUGUCAUUAUAGUUGUCGUGUAUAUUGCAUUUGAUGUAUCGUAAUAUGAUUGUCGCCGUUUAUGAAUCUUAUUGUACGCUGAGACAACAUGACGAAGAAUGUACCAUUGAAAUGCACAAAAAGGAAACAGGACCCAAAUAUGUAUAUUUUUGCUGUUUCUUUAAAUGUAAUAUGUGAUAUUUCUAAGAUGUCUUAUGCAGUUGUUUUAAAGAUUUGUCAGUGAAGAUUAAUGAUUACAAAUGACUUUUGUUUAGCUCAAAUGUGUGAUUGCACAGUAUUAGCCUAAUUUGUAUGCUGUACAAUGUUGCAGUUUGUAAGUCCUAUUGUAACAAUUUGUUGAAGUGGUGUUUGUGACGUCUUAUUUUUGUUGUUGUUUUAUAACCAAAAUGUACUGACAGGGAAUCAAAAAAAAUACUUUUCUUAAAGAUUCUAUAUGUACACUGAUGCCUAAACCAACAAUACUGGGUGGGUAUAACGUUGAAACCAUUUAGCUUUAAACUAACAAUGAUACAGAGACAGUAAAGCCCAGGUCUGUGAUUCUGUUUCAGUAUAGUGCCAGUCUUGAAGUAGCCUUUCACAAUUCUGUUUAAAUUAUAUUAAACUUGUCUAUUAACGAGAGGAAAGACCGAGAUUGAUAUAUAAAUAAAGUGUUUAUUUCUGUAAA